CAGCAGGAUCGUAAACUCCCACCAGUGCAACUGAGCUGCCGCUGUAAUCUUGAUAACAUAACACCUUUGCUCGACAGCUUUAUCCUAAUAAGUGUAGUUGAACUGUACAGUCGGUCAAGUGCCUACGUGUCACUUUCCCAAUUUUAUAGUAGUUUAAUCCGUGGUUUAACCCUAACCUCCCCCUUACGUGUUGAUUAUUAUUAGUUCUUGCAGACGCAACGUUGGGUCAUUUUAUUGAUAGCAUGGGAGCCGAAGGUUUAAGUCCAAGAGAUCCUAGUUCUUAUUCAAGACCAGAGGAUGUAGUGGUAACAAAUAUAGGCAUUAAUUUGAAUGUUGAUUUCAACAAAAAAAUUCUGCAUGGUCAUGUUGUACUGGAUGUGAAAAGGAUUAAUAAGAAUGCGACAGAACUGAUUUUAGAUGCCAAGAAUUUAACUGUAUCAAAAGUCAUUGAUCAUUACACCAAAAAAGAACUAAAACAUGUUAUCUCAGAUACCAUUGAAGAAUUUGGAUCAAAAAUGUCCAUCGAAUUACCAGCACAAGAAGCCGAUAAUUUUACACUGUCAAUUUAUUAUGAAAAUAAUCCAAAUGCAAGUGGUUUGCAAUGGUUAACCCCAAGUCAGACUGCGGGAAAACAGCAUCCCUACUUAUUUAGUCAAUUCCAGGCAAUCCAUGCUAGAUCUGUAAUACCUUGCCAAGACACCCCUUCAGUAAAAACAAAGUACUCAGCAACAAUUACAGCCUCAAGUGAACUAACUGUUUUGAUGUCAGCCAUCCUAAAGUCUACAGUAACAGAAGGCAAUCAGAAACAAUCUUAUUUUAUUCAAGAUGUUCCUGUUCCUUCAUACCUUAUUGCCAUAGCUGUUGGUGCUUUAGAGUCCAAAAAAAUAGGACCUAGAUCUCAUGUUUGGGCUGAAAAAGAAAUAAUUGGAGCAUGUGCCUAUGAAUUUGCUGAAACUGAACAUCAGCUUAAAACGGCGGAAGAAAUCUGUGGCCCUUAUGUAUGGGGGAUAUACGAUUUACUUGUACUACCGCCAAGUUUUGCCUAUGGAGGCAUGGAAAAUCCAUGCCUGACAUUUGUAACACCUACAUUAUUAGCUGGUGAUCGCUCCUUAGCUAAUGUUGUUGCGCACGAAAUAGCACACAGUUGGACUGGAAAUUUAAUCACCAAUCGCAACUUUGAACACUUUUGGCUUAAUGAAGGUUUCACAGUUUUUGUUGAAAGAAAAAUUAAAGGCAAACUGUCUUCACCUCUACAACAAGAUUUUGAUGCUCUUGGUAGACUUCCUGAGUUAAAGGAGACGGUAAAGCUAUUGGGUGAAACAAAUCCUCUUACAAAAUUGGUGGUGGACUUAAAAGGAGUACAUCCUGAUGAUGCAUUUUCUAUCGUCCCCUAUGAAAAAGGACAAACGUUUUUGCGUUACUUAGAAGAAGUAGUUGGUGGACCUGCCCAGUUUGAACCAUUUUUAAGAAAAUAUUUUGACACUUUUAAAUUCAAAUCAAUUGAUACGGAUGAUUUUAAAUCGUUUUUUGAAAAUCAUUUUUCAAAUAAUUCUGCCAUACAAUCCGUUGACUGGAAUGUGUGGCUUUACAGUCCAGGCAUGCCUCCUGUCAUACCAAACUAUAAUACAACAUUGGCUGAAAAGUGUAACAAACUGAAUAAACAAAUUUUGGACUGGGAUGAAAAAGCCGCAUGCCCUGUGGAGUCGAGCCAAGUUAAAAAUCUUACAGCUGAUGAAAUUAUUUAUCUGCUACAACAAAUACUAGAUGAUAAACCUCAAAGUGUUACAAAAUUGGAAAAACUUGAUAAAGUUUUUCAUUUCAGUGACGUCAAAAAUUCUGAAAUCAAGUUUAGGUGGCUAAGAAUUGGACUGAAAUCGCAUUGGCCCAAAAGUGUUGAUCCUGCUCUUGAUUGGGUUAAUGAAGUUGGAAGAAUGAAGUUUGUUCGUCCUCUGUACAGAGAUUUGUAUGCUUGGGAAGACUCUAGAGCCAAAGCGGUUGAUAAUUUUGAGAAAAAUAAGCAAUACAUGAUGCAUGUGGUUGCUUAUACGGUUUCUAAAGACUUGCAUUUGACUAGUUAAAUAUUAUACAUGAAACAUUUUUAUUAAUAUAUUUUAAUACAAUGGC